AUGGCACAAACCCCCCAACAACGCCGAGCAAACGCUCAAUUCGCCCGCGAACAAGAAAAGAAAAUGGGAAAGCCCAUGUCUGCAUUACCGAAGAAGGAGAAGCCUCAGAAAGCACCGAUUAAUAGGUGGUGGUUGUAUAUGUUGCUUUUCGUGGUUUGUGGUGGAUUGAUAUUUGAAUUGCUUCGGGUGAUAAUUACUGGGGCGUCGAAUUUCUUCUAG